AUUAAGUUAUAGCCAAUUGACAGUCGUUAUAAGUAUAUUAUUAGAUUAUCCAUUUUCCGGAAAAGUAUACCCGCGAACAUUAAAAUUUAUAAUUUGUAAAUUUGUGCAAACCUAAACUUAAUCUAAGAAAAAGAAAAAAGGUCAAACAAAUAUUUUAAGUAUGCCUUCUCAAGAAAAUGUUCGAAGUCGAGAGUUUAAAAAUCGUGGAAAAGACAUUUCUGAUUUUAGAAGACGAAAAAAUGAUGUUACAGUUGAAAUCAGAAAGGCACGAAAAGAUGAGCAGAUGUUAAAGAAAAGAAAUGUUGGUGAUUUAUCUGAAAUAAGUCCUUUGAAAGAAAAUAACCAACAAAUUCCUACAGCGUUACUGCAUUUGGAUGAAAUUGUUACAAUUUUGUUAAGUAAGAUCACACCAACUGACAUAUCAAAGUUUGAAAAUGAUAUAUAUCAAGCUGUGCAAAGUACUCGGCGGCUUUUAUCUAGAGAAAAUAAUCCUCCUAUUGAUCGGGUUAUAAAAGCUGGUUUGGUUCCACCCCUGGUACAAUUGCUCAAAUAUGAACAAAAUUCUAAUAUUCAGUUUGAAGCUGCUUGGGCAGUCACUAACAUUGCUUCAGGAAAUUCUGAUCAAACACAAACAGUUGUAGAAGCAGGUGCUGUUGAUUUUUUUAUUGCGCUUUUACACUCCUCUCAUGUAAAUGUUUGUGAGCAAGCUGUUUGGGCUCUUGGAAAUAUUGCUGGUGAUGGGCCGCAGUUUCGUGACUUUGUUAUUUCAAGAGGAGUAGUGAAACCUCUUUUAGCACUUGUUAAUUUAAACACUCCACACUCAUUUUUGAGAAAUGUUACAUGGACACUAUCUAACUUAUGUAGAAACAAAAAUCCGCCCCCUAAACUUGAAGAAAUUCAAAAUGUACUUCCUGUUCUUGCGCAACUAAUUUCUCAUGUUGAUAAAGAUGUUGUUGCUGAUGCAUGUUGGGCUCUUUCUUACUUAACAGAUGGGCCAAAUGAAAAAAUUGAUAUCAUUAUUCAAACUGGUGUUGUCCCACAUUUAGUGGAGCUUUUGCAGGAUUCAAAUGUCAAUAUUGUUACACCUGCUUUACGAGCUAUAGGUAACAUUGUUACUGGAGAUGAUUUUCAGACACAAACAGUUGUUGAAUGUGGCGCAUUAAACUAUCUUCGGAAAUUGUUUUUAAAUCCAAAAUCACAAAUUGUUAAAGAAGCUGCUUGGGCUGUUUCAAAUAUAGCAGCUGGAAACCAAUCUCAAAUACAGGCAAUCAUUGACAGUGAUUUAUUAGGUCCGGUAAUCAAUGCUCUCGAAAAAGGAGAUUUUAAAGUUCAAAAAGAGACUGUUUGGGUAAUAACCAAUUACACAUCUGGGGGAAGCGUGGAACAAAUUGUGCAAUUAAUUAAUGCUGGUGUAAUUGCACCCUUAUGUCGAAUGUUAACAACUCAAGACUCAAAAACAACAAUGGUUGCUCUUGACGCUGUAAAUAAUAUUUUACUUAAUGCACAACGCAUGAAUGCAAUCGGCCGGAUUGCUGAAAUGAUAGAAGAAUGUGGUGGUGUUGAUAUUCUUGAAAGGUUACAGACUCACGAAAACGACUCUAUUCAAAAAACAGCAAGCGACCUUAUUGAACAGUACUUUUCCGAGCAAGAUGAUGAUGUUGAAGAAAAAUUAGUUCCUUUAGCUUCUGAUACUGCCUACCAAUUUGGUCCAGCCUCAUCAACGAGUCAAUCUCACUUUACUUUUUAAUUUGAUGUUAGUGAUGGAAUUACAACACGCACAAGUAUCUUUUCGUGAGCCUUGUAGUUGAAUGAAGAAUUAUGUACAAAUAUUUAUUUAAAUAAAAAUUUAGCUUA